AUGGGUCGGAGAAAGAUCGAGAUCAAGGCCAUCAAGGAUGACCGCAACCGCUCCGUGACUUUCUUGAAGCGCAAGGGUGGUUUGUUCAAGAAGGCACAUGAACUUGCUGUCCUCUGUUCCGUUGAUGUCGCCGUGAUUAUUUUUGGCCAGAACAAGAAACUAUACGAGUAUUCAUCAUGCGAUAUGCACGACGCGCUUGGUCGCUACCAAUAUUUCGGACCUCCCCACGAGCACAAAGGACGGGAAGAUUUUGCCAACAAGCGGGAGGAUGAUGAUGAGGACGACGAGGUUUCACCAGCCCCCGAAGAAAUCCAAGCUGUACAGACUCAGAGCCACCCCGCUUUACCCGCCCACCUUCAGAAUACUCCCGCUUUCCAGCAUAUAAAUCAUGCACCGUCCGCGUCUCCCCCGAUCCAUCAUGGCAUGACCCUAACUCGCCAUGGCACACCGGUAUCCCAAGGCACCUCGCGCCCAUCUUCAAGAAACCACAUCCGUCGAGUCAGCUCCAAUCUAGGUCCCCAGCAACAUGGAACACCGCCGCCGCCACCCCCUGGUUCCCAAAAUGGGAAUUUUGGAUACAUGCCAAACCCGUCUAUGUACAAUCCGAACGUUCACGCAAUGAAUCAACAACCUCGACCCGGUCAAUUCGCACACUACCCGCACCCAUCGGGGCAACACCAAGGAACGCCUCCAAUGCACCACGGUCUACCCCAGCAGAUGCCACCUCAACACCAACCCCAGCAGCACUUCCAGCAACACCCACAGCAACACCCCCCAUCAAGGCAUGCCAUCCGCGCCUCAUCCGCAGGAUUCGCGCCUGAUGGCCACCAAGAUCGACACGGGUCUGAACAACCCCAGGAAGAGCCCUCGGGACUGAAGCCGGACCACAACCAAUCGCCGCCCCAGAUCAAGUCUUUGUCUAAAUCCCGCAGUAUAUUCACGCCCAUUGACGACCGAGGUUCUGUGCUCGCCCGCCAUUUCGGCGCAGGGGCGCCCUCCUAUGAGAUGCCACACAAUAACCACCCUCUCAAGGUGGAAGGACGGCCACAAGGCUCACCCGGUUUACAGUCCAUACCAGUCAGAGCUGCCACAGAAGCUCCUAGGUCAGAAUCGGAACCAAAACCAUCACGGACCAAUAGCGGGCCGUUACCACCAAAACGACCCCAAUUGAAGGUGCAAAUUCCUAGCGAACAAUCCGAUGGCGGUGGAAGUGCCACCGCCGAUUCUUCGCGGGAUUCUGCUGGGAACAAGACCUCGACACCUGCGAAAACCAGCGCGGAAAAUAGUGGCUCGGGCGUGGUGCUACCCCCACCAUCGCCGUCAGCAGGUGCAAUACUAAGCGCGGGAGCCCAGGGGCCGCCGAACCCCUUUGCACGACCACCGCCCCCAGUUCCCGCAACCCGGAAUGAUUCCUAUGGCAGCAACAGUGGCAAUCCAGGCAAUGGGAACAACUCGAAUAAUAUCGAGACGCCCAUAUCAGCCCUACCAAGCCGCUUUGUAUCCGACGCUCUCCUCCCAUCGCCCUCCAGCUUCUUCCCUGAAUGGGGCUUUGGUCGCUCCGGCCCAGACUCCAACAUGCUGCCCAGUCCCCUCAAUUUCCCGACCCCGGCAGUACAAAAUGGCCCCGGCUUUUCUCGAGAAGACGAUCAAGACAAGAAGAGAAAAAGCCCGGAGGGAGGGUCCGGAGGGGAAGGUGCAAAUAAAAAACCAAAAACCUGA